CUGAUUAAACUAAACUCUUUUUUUGUGUAAAUUAAACGCGUAUUUUUUUUUGCCGUAAAAAUGGUUAAAGCUUGGCUAAUGGACAAUGAAACCACCGACCAACGUCUGGAACAUCAUCGCAAUCCACCGGCAUUUAUUACUUUAGAGGAAUUAUUCGCAAAAACUGGUGUGGAACAUUUUCUGAUUAAUACCGAUAAUUAUCAAAACGAUAAGGUAUUACAAGACUUGCGAAAAGAGCGAAACUAUAGCUAUGAAGAUGAAAUAACAUGCUCGGAGAAAUGUUUGGCUGAUUAUGCCAAUAAAUUGAAAUCAUUCUUUACCGAACACUUGCAUACGGAUGAAGAAAUACGUAUGGUUUUAGAUGGUUCCGGCUAUUUCGAUGUAAGAGAUAAUGAGGAAAAUUGGAUACGUAUUGCUGUAAGCAAAGGAGAUUUGAUUAUUAUACCAGCUGGCAUUUAUCAUCGUUUUACUUUGGACUCUAAUAAUUAUAUUAAAGCCAAACGUUACUUUGUGGGUGAACCUGUUUGGCUGCCUUACAAUCGUCCUGCUGAUGAUCUGGACUGUCGCAAGGAAUAUUUGAAACUUCAACAAGAUGGUUUUAAACAAUUAAAUAAAGUUUAAAAUAAAAAGAGACAUUAAUAUGUAAUUUUUAAGAAUGGGCAGAUUUUGUUAAUAAAAAAAUAUAAAAAUUUAAAUGUUAUACUUAAUAGAUUUGUUAUUAGUUAGUUGUUAAAUUGGCGUUACUAUUAAUAAAUAUUAGUUUCAAUUUAAUAA